UAUAACUAGACGCCAACUGCCCGAUUCUAUGGCUGUUCCUCCGUAGAGCCUCAUCACAUCAGUAUCUAUCUCCAAAACUCUCCGUGAUUAGGGAAAAGAAAGGCUAGCGCUAGUGAGAUGCCUGGCCGCAACUUGGGCGCCGCCGGAGCAAAGGAGGAGGAGGAGGGGGAGUAUGCCAGGCCGCCCAAGAUCGACGUGGAGACGCACUACCUGCUGUACAUGCUGCUUUUCGUGACGAUGUGGAUGUCUUUGCUUCGGCUUCGGUCGCCGGCCCUGGCCACCGGCUACAUCCCGGCCUUCGAAGCCCUGAUCACCUGCUGCUACUUCGCGUUCGUCAUCGUCCAGCUGCAGGUGCUGCUUGCCAUCGCGCUGUCGGAGGAGCCCGCCCCGUCGCUGCUCCCGUCUCCCGUGAGCCAGUGGAUCCUGGCCCUCUUCCUGUGGCUGCUCGGGGUCCUCUACUACAUGAACUACGCCUCCAUGAGCGCCGGGUAUACGAGCUACUGGGGCCUGAUCAUCGCCGGGAUCGCCAGUGUUGUGAGCUUCGCCAUGACCGUCUACAACAUGGUGCAGCGCCCCGUCUUUGAUUAGCUGCGGAUCUACGAUGAUUGAGCAUCUUGGAACCUGAACAAGGGCCAGACUUGCCCUUGCAUAUGGCAGUUUACUGUUAUGUUACUAUCUUCUGUCUAUUGUUGGAUGAUGUGCUAUGAGUAUAUUGUUGGUUCUCUAUCUACUAUCUGAACUCAGUAAGGAUUUGGCUUCACUUGGGGGACAUGAUUAAUGUGUCGAUCAGUACCUGAUGUUUCGUGAAAAACUUUUCUCUAUGGAAUGUUUCAUGAAAAACUUGUUGUGGGGAUGUGA